UCCCAGCAGGUUCUCUAAAUGUCAUUCAAGAUCUUAACACAAUCAUUCUCAUCGUUCCAUUCCACACAGAGGGUGUGUCACCUUACAAAGCUAGGUCCUCCAAACCGCUCGCGAUCCCUGGACCCUCUCGUACUAAUCAUACCCGGUUGUUCUUCCUCCCACCCCCCCAAACUACAGGAACUCUGGCGCGGCACGCUCAACUGGACGGCGUGGCGAAUAAUGCUGCUGUUUGUGGGCUUUAUCGUGUGCCCCCCGGUGUGGAUCAUCUUCACGUUGCCCCUGGGCCACAACUACUACAAGGUGCCGAUCAUCAAGUUCAUGUCCUACCUGACCUCGCACAUCUACCUAAUGAUCCAUCUGAUGAUCGUGGGCAUCACUCCAAUCUACCCGGUGGUCCGGGCCAGCCUCCUGCCGUACUGGUACGAGUGGGGUCUGCUGGUGUGGCUCAGCGGGUUGCUCCUGUUCGAGCUGACCAAUCCGAGUGACAAGUCCGGUCUCGGAAGUAUCAAGGUGCUGGUGUUGCUGUUCGGCGUGAUCGGCGUCGGGGUGCACGUGUCCGGCAUGCUGUACGUCCAAAAGACGUACUGGCCAACGCUGCUGUACUGCCGGAAUCAGCUGUUUGCGCUGUCCUUCCUACUGGCUUGCGUCCAAAUUCUGGACUUUCUCUCCUUCCAUCAUCUGUUCGGGCCGUGGGCCAUCAUCAUCGGGGAUCUGCUGAAGGAUCUGGCCCGGUUUCUUGCCGUGCUGGCCAUCUUCGUGUUUGGCUUCUCGAUGCACAUCGUGGCCCUCAAUCAGUCCUUUCACAAUCUCAGCCAGGACGAGGUGCGGCGGUUACCACUGGCUACGAGGAACAAGGAGGUGUUCAGUGAUGAAGAUGAUUUCUUUCCAUCAGAUGAAGACGACGAAGAUUUGUUUAGCGACGAGGUUGAGCGCAUUAAGCGGGCCGCCGCUGGCCAACCGAUUACAGACUACCGCCGCAAGCACAAAACCGACAUUCCGAUGACGCCCAUCAUCGCCUUCGAGCGGCUGUUCUUCGCCGUGUUCGGCCAGACCUCGCCGGACGACAUCAACUCCCAGCGGUCGACCCGGCCCGAGUGGACCGAGAACCUGUUCAAGAUAGUGUUUGGCAUUUAUAUGUUAGUCUCCGUAGUAGUGCUAAUUAAUCUUCUUAUCGCGAUGAUGUCGGACACUUAUCAGCGCAUCCAGGCACAAUCGGACAUCGAGUGGAAGUACGGUCUGUCGAAGCUGAUCAGGAACAUGCACCGGACGUCAACGGCACCGUCACCGAUGAACCUGGUGACGACGUGGUUCGUGUGGAUAGUGGAAAAGAUAAGGGCCAAGCUGGUGAAAAAGAAGCGACCGUCGCUGGUGCAGAUGAUGAACCUCCACCGGGGCCAGCAAAGUCCCCGCUCGAAAGCCGGUGCGAAAUGGUUGUCGAAAGUGAAGAAAGGUCAGGUGGCUCCAAAAGAUUCUACCGCCAUGUCCGCUAUGCACCUGUCUCCUCUCGGCUCGCAAGUCAGUUUCGCCACUGUCAAUACGACCCGGAUCGAGAACGUCGCCGACUGGGUGGAAAUCUCCAAGAAGUACCGAGCGCUGGUCGGAAUCGACUCCGAGGACGGCGGCUCGAUGAAGGACUCCGAAGGGGACAACCACUCGAUCGUGGCCGGGUCGCAGGUCAACGUGCAGGGUGGAGGCGGUGGCGGGGGCCAGAUGGGCAACAACGUGAACGCCAACCAGGUCUAGGCAGGCCAGGAGUUUGCAGGCUAGCGUCAUCCACAGUAGGAGCUCGAGGGUUUGACAUUUUGUCUUUGUGUAAGCAAAGCGAACUGUCAAACUAGCGGGGUCUUGCGACAUUUUCUACCUGAUCGUGACGGAUGGUUUUGAAGCAUUUUUGGCAGUUGGCUCACACUUAACUGUCAGAAAAUGUUUAAAAUUAUCUGCUACGCAGAGGUACCUCAAAGCAUCAAUCAUUCGAAAAUCAACCACAUGUUAAAAAACAUUUGUAAAUAAAACUCCAAAGUUUCGUUUCAUUAAUUUCGCGUUAGGUCGAACCUUUUCGGACUCAGAGCAGGAGCGUAAAUGUCAAUUCUGUGACGAAAUUUUCUUGUCACCAGGACAGACAGACAGGGGAAUUGUAGAAAAAAUCGUGUCGUUUUUUGGAUGCUGUUUCUAAAUUGAGUAGGCUAGUUAGAUAAAAAUUAAAGCAAAAUCGAAAACGCUUUCCGCUCUCUUGGGAAUGCGACGUUCACAACACUAGGCAAAUUGGAACAAAUUAAUUUAGAGUGCGUAUUUUUCUUUGUAAAUAUACAGCGAAGCGUGAGGUCGGCUUGUGGGAGAAGUUUGUAAAAAGAAAACCUUUGUACAUUUGGAAGAUCAAGAUGAAAAUAAUAUAUUUUACAAUGAUGAAAAAAAAAAAAAAAAAAAGAGAUUGCUACGGCAGAAGUCUCAGCGGCUAGUCGUGUUUUUUCGCGGUGUGUUUGGCGCGUUUUUCACGGCGAAAUCGAGGCGUGUGCGAGCGGACAGGCCCGUUCCGGUGGUCAGAGGAGCCACAAUCUGGUCGUCGUGGACACGGCGGCGGUGCAGCAGUGGAAGAGGAACGAGUUCCUGCAUCCGAGCAGCAGCAGCAGGAGGAGUCAGCAGCAGCGGCCGCGGAGGCAGCUGAGGCGAGAGACGGUCGUUGGUCGGUGGAAUCGGCCCCGGAGAGUCGACUGCGGUCGGCGGACCAGUUUUCGGCCAGGCCAGGUCGGAGACAACCCCCGUUGUUUACGUGGCUGGCAGCAGGCAGCACAACAACAACAACAACAAGCGCGCGAAAACGAGCUUCCCGCGCAUCCCGCUGCGGGCGGCAGCCAGUGCGGCCAGUUCGGCGG